AAGUGCAAGAAGUUCAAGGCUUGCAUACAUAUAAAUACUUCGGAUUUCAAAUACGUUCAACAGUCAACUCGUGAGAAAAGGUCUAACAUACUGCGAUUCGGGUAAAAUUUUAUUCAUAUUCUCAUGGCUAUAAAGAUGCCCUGGUCAGUCAUUGGUCUCAUUUUAGCACUAACCUUUACGAAGGCACAACCUUUAUAUUCGAGCUCAGUGGAAAUCUAUCACACCGGGACAUCAGUUGAUGUGAACGACAUUGUUCACAGAAUGUUUUUUAAAGGAUUUGAAGUCCUCGAGAAAACAAUAAACUCUAAAAUAUAUGAUUUGAAAUCAAAUUGGCUUAGAGAUUUCAAAAAAGUCACAUCGACGGUGGAUGCUUUUGAUGAACACCAAAGAAGGCUUUCCGGUGCAGUAUCUGAAAUCAAGACAAACAUCACGAUUAAUUCAAAGGCAACACAAUCUUUAAUAUACUUUGACAAAAUGGCUUUCAAACGCGAGUUAGAGAAUUUGUCUAUUACUCAUGGAAAGGAAAAGAAUCGAACUAACAGAGCUUUAGAACAGCUUUCCCUGUUAGAGGGGAGAUUAGUGAAUCAAAGUGGUGUUAUCAGUAAUAUACUGACGAUUCAUCUGGAUCAGUUCAGAAAUCAGCAAGUUUUGGUUUACAAUGUAUCAACCAUCUUCAGUAAAAUUCAAGAAUUACAACUCUUUGAUUCAGACUUGGAAAGACAGUUGACAAAGACACUGAAUCAAACUUCUGGAGAAUUGAAAGAAAUGCUUGAGGCAAUGAUUCAAGUCAAAACAAGUGAAAUAUUUAGAAGAAUUAGUGAUUUAACAUUCAAUGUUACGUCCACUCUGGCAAACAACUCGGAGAAAAUACAAAACACAGAUACACUUGUUCAGACAAUGGGAGAACAUCUUCAAAAUUUGUCCACAAAAUUAGAUUAUGUGAAUGCUGAAUCCUUGCAAAUGAAAAAGGACAUUUCCAACAACAAGGAGCAAGACACAAAACUACUAGAAAUAGUAGAAGGGAUGCAAAGUGAACUGACAAAACUCAAAAACAAUAUGAGCACUCUAAACAAAGACAUACCCCAAAAUUCAUGUCCGCCAGAUUGGUCAUCGUUUGGAUCAUCUUGUUACAUUGUCAUUAAACAGAAAAAGUCUUGGGAUGAUGCCGCUAUUAAAUGCUUACGAUAUGGAGCUAAAUUAGUCGAGAUAGAAACAAAGGAAGAAAAUGAUUUUCUGAAGCAAACACUCAUCAACACAAAUGAUAUCUACUGGACAGGGGGAAUAGAUGACGUAACUGAGGGACAAUUUGUUUGGGCGUCGACCGGAAGUCCCCUGAGUUUCAAGGACUGGAACACAGGGGAACCUAAUGAUUAUCGGAAGAAUGAAGACUGUGUCGAUUUCUCCAAAGGCUUCAACAGAAGAGGGCACUGGAAUGACAACAGGUGCCACUCAACGUUUUAUUUCGUUUGUGAAAAAACUUGGAAUUAAAUACGAGAAAAGCAUAAAAUAUCUCAUUGAAAUACA